AUGGAGUGUCAUUAUAGCAAUAACGACAAAGCUACCGCAUCCGGGGGAGCCGAUGCGCCAAUACCGAGGAGCCAGGGUAUUGGUGGAAAGACAUUGACUGGCCAAAAAAAGGAAAUCCCACGACUCCUUACACCUAAGUCGAAACUGCGACUUGGAUCGUGGAACGUGCGGACCGCCUUUCACUGCGGUCAGAAAGAAAUCAUCGCAAGGGAGUUGAGCAAGUGCCGGGUUACUGUUGCAGCUUUAUCCGAACUGAGGAUCAGCGGCUGUGGAACGACAAGAGUGCAGGUUCCUGCUACGGACGAUUGGAUGACACUGUACUACUCUGGCGGUCAAGAACAUCGUGAUGGUGUUGGGUUCAUGCUCAAUAGCCACGCAUCAAAAUGCGUCGUGUCGUUUCAACCCAUCUCGCCGAGAAUAGCAGUGAUCACUUUGGGCGGAACCGUCAAGUCGCACAUACUCCAAGACGUGCUGGACAGCAUUCCCAGAAGAGAUCUCGUUAUCGUCACAGGCGAUCUGAACGCUAGAACUGGCGCCGACAGAACCGGAUGGGAACCUGUGAUGGGCCGAUUUGGCGUAGGAGAAAUGAACAACAAUGGUUUGCGGCUGCUUUCGUUUGCCACGUUCAAUGAUCUGGUCAUCGGCAAUAGCCUAUACCAGCAUGCACGAAAGCAUCAGCUGACAUGGAGAAAUCCAUCUGGUCACGAUUCAGCAGUCCUGGACUAUGUACUAAUCAAUUCUCGAUACAGGUCAUCGCUAAAGGAUGUGCGUGCAAUGAGAGGCCCGGAUUGCGGAUCAGAUCACUACCUACUACGAGCAGUCGUGCAGCUCCGCCUACAGUGUGCUAAGCGAGGUAAACGCCAACCGAAAGUAGACUGGGAGCAACUUUUGAAGCUGGAGGUGAAGCAAGGCUUCCAAAUUGCACUGUCAAAUCAGUUUGCUGCGUUCACGGAAGUGGGAACGGUGGACGAGGAAGAACGGCAGACUGCAAAAGUCAUUACCGAAUGUGCUACACAACUGUGCCCAGUUUUGCGCCGACGGACUAAACCAUGGAUCUCGGACGAAACAUUGCAGUUGGUUGACAAAAGGAGGAAGGUGAAGCUGACGAAUGGCACUACGUAUCAGCUACUCAAGCCAGUACCGAUAGAGAUGCCACAGGAACCAACACACGAGGCGGCGCCAAGUAUGGAGGAAGUGAGGGCGGCGGUGAUGUCGCUGAAGAACAGGAAAGCGGCUGGUGUAGACAAUGUCACAGCAGAAGCGAUUAAGGCAGGAGGAGAAGUAUUGGUACAACGGCUCCACCGUCUUAUGUGUCGCGUCUGGCAGACGGAGGUUGUUCCUACGACGUGGAAACGCUCCAUCAUCGUGCCAAUACACAAGAAAGGCGACAUAACGGAAUGCAAGAACUAUCGCGGCAUAUCACUCCUGUCAGUCGUCGGGAAGGUUUUCACAAAGAUCAUCAACGCAAGACUUCAGCUUCAUCGAAGAAGCUUAUGCCGACCGGAGCAAGCGGGUUUUUGCCCUGGCCACUGGCCAGCGCUAUGGAAAGCCCUAGAGUGUGAACAUGUUCCGGACAAAAUUGUGAGGCUGUUGCGGGAGGCGUACAAUGGAACUGUCAGCUGUAUCCGCGUCAAGGAUGACGUCUCUGAAGAAUUUCCUGUAAGUGCUGGUGUUCGUCAGGGUGACGUGAUCUCCCCUACGUUGUUCAACGUGGUAAUGGACGCUGUCAUGAGGAAAACUUUCAACGGAAGGCAAGGCGUGCAGUACGGUGAAGGCGGCUUUCUCACUGACCUGAUGUUUGCCGACGACAGCGCAAUUUUCGCCGAAACUGACGAGGAAGCGACUAACAUCAUGUGCUCACUGUCAGAGAUUGCCCAGUCGUAUGGCCUCAAAAUAAACGCGGAAAAGACCAAGGUGAUGACCUCGGAUGGAUCGCCCGCGUCCGUGCGACUGGGUAGCGUCGCCUUGGAGCAAACAUGGACGUUGCUCAAGUCGGAUCUCUCUCAUCUCGAGGUGUUUCAAAUGCGUUGUCUCCGCCAUAUGCUCGGGAUCAGGCUUCGUGACCAUGUCACGAACAACGCCAUCAGGGAGAAGUUUGAAGAUCAACCCACAAUCGAGGAACAAUUGAAACUGCGACGGCUACGAUGGUUCGGUCACCUGUGCAGGAUGGGUCACGACAGAAUACCUAAUAUGCUCCUGUGGAGAAGACGCCCUGCGCAGUGGAAAGUUCAGAGGACGGCUCCAAAAAAGACUUGGUUGAAGCAAGUUGAGGAAGACCUUAGGGCUCUGAGGUGCAGUGUUGAGCAUGCUAGAUGUAUUGCUGCUAAUCGACCAGAAUGGAGACACUUCAUUCAGGGCGUUCGUACUCCAAUGGCACCCACAGCAGUGUACUGGUUGAGAGGCCGGCCCCCACCACCAGACGCAAGCUAA